UAAUCAAAUGUCCUAGGGUUCAUGAUACCUCUCCUACAAUCAAACUUGAUUUUGUUUCUUUCUCAAGUAGUGGGGUAUGUUGAAGCCUUUUCCCAGCCUAUAAAACCCCCUCUUCCUCCUCCACAUCCCUCCCCCCUCACUCACUCACUCACUCUCUCUCUCUCUCUCUCUCUCUCUCUCUCAGAAACUCACAAACUAACUAUUCCACUUCCUCUAAAAUAUUUGCAAGCAAUCAGAUUCGCUUGAAAGGUGUAAAAAAAUGGAGCCUAAUGAAGUUGCAGGACUCCAUUACAUCAUAUCUUCCAACACAUCCCAAUUUCCAGUUCAUUUGAGCAUGAUCCAUGACCAACCCAACACGUACAAUCACUACAACACCUCAUCUCGUACAUUCUACAAUGGUCAAUUCCCAUCUCAGGUCCAGGAGCUCGGAGCGCCCUCGCCUUGCUUCAGCAGCAACCACUCCACAUCCGAUGAGGCGGACGAGCAGCAGCUGAUGCUGAUCAACGAGCGGAAGCAGAGGAGGAUGAUAUCCAAUCGGGAGUCGGCCCGCCGUUCCCGAAUGAGGAAGCAGCGGCACCUGGACGAGCUCUGGUCGCAGGUCGUCUGGCUGCGCAACGAGAACCACCAGCUCAUGGACAAGCUGAACCACGUGUCAGAGAUCAAUGACAAGGUUGUCGAGGAGAAUGCCCAGCUCAAGGAGGAGACCUGCGGGCUUCGCCAAAUGAUUACUGAUAUGCAACUGAAUAACACUUACUCAACUCUGAGGGACCUCGAAGAUGUUCCUUGCAAUCUUGGAACUCAAUCCUCGGACUAGACCGUCACCGGUUCUGUGGAUUCCUUAGGCUAGUUUUAAUGCCGGAAAUGGCCUGGUUUCAUUUUUUUUCUUCUUCCGCUCCAAGUGGAUUUUUCCUGGUGUAUUUGGGAAUUGAGCCAGUCCUUUUACCCCCUAUCUCUGAGUGCAUGUAUGAGACUAAAUGAAUUGUCAAUAACAUAUUCCGAGGAUUUCGUCAACCA